GCAAGAGGAGAAGAAGGCCGCCGCGCGAGAAGAGGAGGCUGUUGCCGUUGCUGCUGGUAAACAUGUUACGUUCGCGCAACGGCGGCAGCGAGAGGAGAACGCACGUCGUGCGCCAACCGGGACCACGGACCGCCGUCGCUGCCAAAUAAGUCCGCGCGCGCGGCGCGAAUAUGGCCUCGUCCACGAGGAGGUCCUGGAAGCUCCAGGAAUUCGUCGCUCAUACGCCGAACGUCAAUUGCUUGGCGCUAGGCCACAAGUCGGGUCGUGUUCUGGUCACGGGCGGUGACGAUAAAAAGGUGAACCUAUGGGCCGUCGGGAAGCAGAACUGUAUUAUGAGCCUGAGUGGCCAUACCACUCCCAUAGGAUGCGUCCGCUUCGGUCAAACGGAAGAUCUCGUAUGCGCUGGCUCGCAGACUGGCGCACUGAAGAUUUGGGACUUGGAGCACGCCAAGCUGGCGCGAACGUUGACGGGACAUAAAUCCGGGAUACGUUGCAUGGACUUCCAUCCUUACGGGGAGCUACUAGCGUCUGGGAGUUUGGACACGGCGAUUAAACUGUGGGAUAUCCGUAGGAAAGGCUGCAUUUUUACGUAUAAGGGGCACAACAUGACUGUGAAUAGUUUAAAAUUCAGUCCCGAUGGGCAGUGGAUCGCCAGCGCUGGGGAGGAAGGAAUGGUCAAGCUGUGGGACCUAAAGGCCGGUAGACAACUAAGGGAAUUUUCAGAACACAGAGGGCCGGCCACAACUGUCGAAUUUCAUCCGCACGAAUUCCUAUUAGCCAGCGGUAGCGCCGACAGAACGGUCCACUUCUGGGACUUAGAGUCGUUUCAGCUCGUAUCUUCCACGGAACAGAGUCAUUCUUCGGCCAUCCGGUGCCUGUAUUUUAGUCAAGGCGGAGAAUGCCUGUUCGCCGGUAGCCACGACGUUUUAAAGGUUUACGGCUGGGAACCGGGUAGGACCCUGGAUACGAUACCGACCGGCUGGGGAAAAGUCCAGGACAUAGCCGUAGCUCAAAAUCAAUUGAUCGGCGCGAGUUUUCAUACCGCGAAUGUCGUUCUGUACGUGUGCGAUUUGAAAAAAAUCGCACCUCUGGGAGGAAUAUCCGCUGUGAGCUCGCCGUUCAGUCAUGGAAAUUCUCUGAGAAAGAGCUUCUCCAGGGAACGACCGAUCGGGUUGAAGAAACAUACAUUGGACGUACGAACGAUAGAAGAGGCGGAUAAAUCUGGCACCGAUCCGGAGGACGAGACCACUUACGCGGACAUACCCAACGUAACAACAGAGUAUAGGGACAUUUUUCAGCCGAGUAGGGCGUUGUCUCGCACACCACCUCCUGAAUCCCUCGAGGCUUUCCAGGAGCCUCAUGACAUAGAUCCGGCGCAGCCGCAGAUACUGCAAAAUCUCUCUACCUCAAUGUCGAACCUGAACCUGAACACGAUGGAGCGCGAGGAGGUGCCGUCGAUGCCAUCCCCCUCUUCGCCGUCUCCACCGGCACCCACGUUAUCCGUGACAAAGCCGGUACCGGUGCGUGUUCAGCCGAUCAAGUCCUCGCCACCGGUACAGAGGAACACGAUCACGUCGACGAGCCAAAUCAGGGCGAAUCUACAGGCGAACAAUGGUCUGAAUCAACGAGCGUCCAAAAAUUUCGCAUCAAUACCGCCGUUGCGGCAGAACAUCACGCCACUUCCAGGGAAAAGGGUGGCCGCUAACGAACAAACGCUGACGGCACCGACUCAUCCCUUAGGACCGCAAAGGUCGAACUCAACUCUGACACCGCGUGUUGCGCCGAUGGCCGCGGUAAUUCCUGUGAUGGACGACGGCAAGUUGAAGAACAGAGUACCCAGCCCAGAUUCUCCGAAGCACUUCCUAAAGAGGCAGAGCAGCAGGGACGGGGAGCAGGGAUACGAAAGCGACUAUCCUGUACAAAUUAAUAAUAUAAGACAUAGUCCCUCGGAUCCUGCGUUGAACAGGCCGAACACAGCGCAGUCGAGGUCGACGUCGCUCAACCGAAAUUUUGUUACCUCAACCGCGCUGUCGGCGCGUAACGCCUCCACAACCACGUCUACAAGGAAGCUACUUAAUAAGGCUCAAGUCCCACCGAAUCCCAAGGUUGACAUACGCGUCUCGCAGAUAAGGACCAACGUCGAAGAUGCAGAGAAGGAGGAAUUGGUACCGAUGAGUGCCGACAAGCCUUACGGCUUGGACGUGGAAAAUUUCUUACCGCAUAGUUACACCGGUUCUACGGCGUUGGGCUAUCCUCAGAUGGGCGUACUGACGGAAAUGUCUGAGGCCGAGGUUUUGAACAGUAUGAUGCGCAGCCACGAUUCGAUGAUGGCGGUACUUAAGAGUCGGCAUCGCUCAUUACAAAUAAUAUAUUCACUCUGGCACAAUAAAGAUCUUAAGGCCGCGGUGGAAUCUGCAGUCGCGAUGAAUGACCUGGCGGUCAUCGUGGAUCUUCUGGGUAUUAUCACAUUAAAACCAGCGAUGUGGAACUUGGACCUGUGCAAUUCCUUAUUGGGUCCCAUCAGCGAUCUCUUUCAGAGUAAAUAUGAGAUGUAUAUAACUGUAGCUUGCUCGGCAUUGAGACUUAUUCUUCGUAAUUUCGCCCCAGUGAUAAAGUCCAAUGUGGAGGCACCCCUUCACACAAUCGGCGUCGACGUGUCGCGAGAGGAACGGUAUCACAAGUGCCUUUCCUGCUACGAGAAGCUUUCGGCGAUACGGGCAGUCCUGCUAAAGAAGCAAUCGACGCCCGGCAAACUCGGCGCCUCGUUCCGCGAACUGGCCGUGCUCAUCAGGAGCCUCGAGUGACCUCGAGAGCGGCGUUGUCUGAGACCCUCGUGAAUUCGACCGCCAGUAUCGUCGGUCGACGACCGACGUCGGUUUCCUCCCGAUGAUCAUCGGCCCAGCAGUGACGAAACGAAGGCCGCGUUGUGGCCGCCAAAUGGAAGCGAGACAAACUCUGUCGAGGAGUAGCAACAAGAUCACGAUAUACCGUUGAGGAAACGUUCGUGAAAAUACGUGGCUCGUGAAGUUUCCUACUGCUGUCGAUUUCUUCCGUCGUCCUCGGUCGAUCCACUUGCCAUCACCUUCUCCUUGUCGUUGUCAUCUCCGCAGUCGCGCACCGAUUCUCAAAGAAAGUGAACAAAAUUGCGAGACGUUCGUUACUUAGUUGCUGAACGGUAACAAGUCAUCAUAGAUGAAAAAAAAAGAAAGAGGGAGCGUCAGUGAAGGCAAGGAAAGAAAUCUAAAUGAAGAAAAGUUUGCGGAGUUAAAUGAGAGGCGGGUGAAAGCGAGGAAAGACACAUUGUCGCCAAACAUAUCUAAUAUUAUACUGAAACAUCAGGAUUAAAUCAAUUUUAUCAGUUUAAAAAAACCAUGGUUCUUUAAAGAUAUUUUUAGGAUUUUUUCUCUCUGAUCUUUUUAAGUCGAAAUCGGUUAAGUUUGAAUUGUUGUUAGGAAGUCUAGGAAUAUAUUCAUGUUAUUAACAUGAUAUUUUUAAAACAAUAAAAGCACAUAUCGGAGUCUUUAAAGAACAAAUUAAAUUAAGUGGAAUGACCCGCGUGAGAAAAGUAUUAAAAUUAAACGCGCUUUUUCUAUUGGGAGUAUUCGUAUCUCUACGCGCGUCAAUUAACAAGAUCUUUAAUUCUAAAAACAAAGCAAUAACUAAACAAGAAUAAGAAAUGGAUUCGCCAAAUCCCGAUGCAUCAGUAUACCGAUUUCCGAUUCGCAGAUAGAAAUUAGCUGGGAAAUGUUCCGAACGAGCGUCGAUUCGUUCGGGCAGCACAAAAUAAAGUCUCGCUGAACGAUGUUUUGCGCCUUUCUUGCCACAGGUCACACACUAUUAUCGAACAUUUCGGCUGGAAUCAGUCUAAAGUCCGUGGAGACGAUAAUUAAUGCGACUAAGCGAAUAACGAAGUGUAACGUAGCAUGUAACGGACCUUUCUUAGCGUAUGAGAGAGAUUGUAUUUUUGCAAGAGGUAUUUACGUCCGUUUACUAAUAAAACAAUCCUAACGUAGAUACCUUGACCCCACGGAGAGACAAAAUCGUAAAAUGUAAGAUGCGAGAGGGCCUAAGUGAGAGCUUGUACGCGCCUAGAAGAACGGAAAGGGUCGAGAAUUGGAACGGGAAAAGCGCGUAUCGACGAACGUUCGUUUUUUAUAUUCACGUUUAAAUUAUUUUUUUUACAAUAGCGCCCGUGACAUCAUGAACUGCAUUUUGUCCCGACGUUUUGUGAUUGCCUAAUAUUUCACAGAGUUAAAUACAAAAACGUGUCGUUGAUGAAGCGUCGAUGCGGUGCCGCUAUUAUAUACGCACCAUAUAAAGGUGCAUUUUUAAGGAUUUUCAAACAAUUUUUUAUACUCUAUUUUUGUCGCCGAAUGAAUAUUUUUAAUUAGCACGCGGAAGAUGGAGGAGCAACAAUAAAUCCCUGGAGACAAUACGCGCCUGUUUUGUAAGAUAGUUUUCGUCUGGUUUUGCGAUCAUUUUGCGUUUUGCCGUUUUGCGAUUUCGCCGUGUUUCGUCGUGACAAAUUGAAAGGCGGUGAUUGCGCGACAAGAUCGAGCAGUAUUAAUUUGAAAGCGUUGCAUUCAUAGUAUUGCAACGUAAAAGAAGAGCAAUGUAGAUUUUCAUAUUUUACGCGCACGGCCUUGCAACGAAAAUUGGAUCAGUAUUAUCCAAGAUAGUGUUUAUCGCGGAAGUAUUUUUUAUAUGGAACUAUUUGUCAUAUUCCUGCGCAUUUAGCGCCAAACUGUGGCUCUUGUAGUUCUGAGUCCUAACCGCCUAACGUAAUGAAAAUCUGUUCCGCGAAAUAUUUUUGGAAUUCAAUUUGCGACGAGGAUUAACGUCACUCGCUGCCUUUCAAUCUUGUCGCGACGAUUUUUUCCGUAUCACAAUUUUUAAUAUUUAAAAAUAGGUGAUAAAUUAGAAGAGAUUGAGGCAAGAUAAUUGUGGCUGGAGGCGCUCUUCGCGUGCUUGUUCUUUUUUGUUAUCGUCGUCGUGAUAGUUAAUCUUUUACUGCUGAUUCUAUGUUUUAUUUAAAUCGUUAAUUAAGUCGAUCACGUCUUCUGUUAAUUAAGUCGAUCGUUCAGCUUUUCCUUCCAACGUAACGAGAGGCGAUCCUGAUAUUGCUGCCAAUAGAGGAUUAUUUAUUACAUAUAGUGCAAUACUCGAUCGUGCGAUCGUCCUCCGCAUAGCAAGACCUGCAUUUUCGCGUUUUCUCGUCCUCGAGGAAAAGGACACCGUGCGUUGCACAAAUGAGAGGGCGAAGCCCAAGAGAUAUAGGUAUUACAACUUUAACAGUUGCCUCGAAGUAUUAUGUAAUAAAGCGUACAACUCUUUCGUUAAUUUUACGUCUCACGUGUUAUUUCUUUUUUUUUUCUUUUUUUGUACAGCGCGUUGCUACCACAUACCUCCGCAACCAUGUUCUGCCCCGACUUUUCACGUUGGAAAAGAAUUUCCGUUAUAAAUCGACGAAAAUGUAAAUCGUUAUGUUAAAGAAAAUAGAAUCGUUUCGAUUCACUAGUGACGCUAGAAUAAAUUAGAAAAAUAAUCCCUGCGCAAAAAGCAGAAGUCAAAGGAAACGGACAGAAUUCGAGAUAAAUAUAAAACGAAUUAAAUUAUUAAGGUUUGAAAGAAAAUUCACUAUUUUUCACGAACGAAGAAUUUGACGACGAGAACUGCGAAAGGAGAUUUGUUUUCUAUUUUUAUACGGGUAGAUUCUCAUAUUCAUCUUCUCGAUAUUUUCGCGUUGUCCUCGGGUCGCGAGAUACGAAAUCACUUUGCUCACGCUUAGAGCCAUCUGACAGCACUCUUAACACGGAUAGACUUUCGCGAAUUGCAAUUGCAGUCUGCCAAGCGUUUUCGCGGAAUGACGAGGGAAGAGGAGCUCAAGCCUCCAACCGGAUGGCCUAAUCGCCUUCGAAACGGGGGUAAAAAAAUUACGAGGAUACUCGUUGUCCGUUCCGUCCAACUUAUUUUUGUAAGGGAGUGAGAAAGGGAGAGAGAGUGAGAGAGAAAAAAUACGAGAAAGAGAGAGAAUGCGUCCUGCGUGCGUGUGUCCUUCGAAUGCUCCUGUAAUUUAUCGUCCUGUAACUUAUCGCUCCGAUUUUAGCUUAAGCUUACGCUCAUACGUUGCGUGAUAUCGAUCGUGAUUCACGAUCUCACGAGCGAGGAACGUCUCGAGCGUGUAACUUUGCUCCAAGUUGCGCCGGUAAUCGUUGUAUCACCCGAUAUAAUCCCAAACGUGGAAUUUGCGUUUCGCAAAUCCAUCUCGAACCAUCUUACUUUUACUAGAUGUUACUUUUACUAGAUAACAAAUUUUAUUACUGUUUUACUGAUACACGUUAGUCUACUGCGCGUUAUCGCUGUUUUUAUUUUAACAUUCUCGAUUUUUAUUUGCGCCGCCGCCGAUUGUGUUGUUUAACCGGGAGUAUAAUAAAUUGUGUUAUUUAUUCUA